AUGCAUGAAGACUUGAAGCGCAAGGAGCAAGGUGGAGGAGUCGAUGGAUCCGUGCAUGGGCAAGCUCAAGCGUUCAUGUCAAGAGACAACAAGCGAAACGGACGACCAGGUAAGAAGACUGAUGCGUGCCACAAGUGUGGGAAACAAGGACAUUGGAUCGCGGAAUGCCCCUCGCGGAUCCAAGAAGACGCGGAACGACAUCGAUUCCAGCGUUCGAACGUGGCGCAAGAUGAAAAUCUUGGCGAUUAUCUGUUCUCGGUUGGUGGUGAAGUCGCCAAGUCGAUUAACGUGUGGCUGGUCGACUUGGGUGCGACGCAGCACAUGACGAGCUCCAAGAAGUUCAUGAAGAUUUACAAGGUCUUUAAUCCGGUCGAUGUGCACUUGGCAGACGAUGGUGUCGUUCAAGCGAUCGGAAAAGGCGACAUCGUGACGUCAAUGAAGACGCCACGCGGUACCAAGAAAGGUGUGCUCACGGACGAGUGUCAGAUCCCGAUGUUAUCGCGUAAUCUGUUCUCCGUGGGUAGAUUCACCAAGGACGUCGGGCCAGUCACCUUCAAAACCAAAGGAUGCUUCGCGGAGACGAAAGGUGUCAAGUUAAAUCUCGGUGCUCGCGAGGGCAAAUGGCUUUUCAAACUCUGCAUGACGCCAGAAGCGUCUAACGAGAAAGCUUAUCGAUUCGAAAAGAUCAAGAGUGGUCGUGUGCUGGUCAGCCGCGACGCACAGUUUAUGGAAGACGUCUUCGACAGUGGAAGACGCGACUGCGUUCAAAAGCCGAAUUAG